CUGCAGGCCACCUCCAAGAAGAAGACUAGGAAGUUAAGAGGACAUGUGAGCCAUGGACAUGGACGUAUCGGUAAGCACCGUAAGCAUCCCGGAGGUCGCGGUAACGCUGGAGGUGAGCACCACCACAGAAUUAACAUGGACAAAUACCAUCCUGGAUACUUUGGCAAGCUUGGUAUGAGAAACUACCACUUGAGGAGGAAUAAGGAAUUCUGCCCUGUUCUCAACUUGGACAAACUGUGGACAUUAGUGUCUGAGCAGUCUAGGCUCAAGUACGCCAAUGCUACUGAUGGCAAAGUCCCUGUUAUCAACAUUGUCAAAGCUGGAUACUACAAGCUUCUCGGCAAGGGUAAACUACCUAAGCAACCCGUCAUUGUUAAGGCCAAGUUCUUCUCAAAGACAGCUGAGCAGAAGAUCAAGUCUGUCGGAGGAGUGUGUGUAUUGUCCGCGUAA